UUCUACAUCUCCAACCCCCAUCUAUUUUAAGGUAUCGCAUUCACUGCACCGUAGAGAUGGAAGGCAUAGAGCACAGAACAGUGGAAGUGAAUGGCAUCAAAAUGCAUGUUGCGGAGAAGGGAGAAGGUCCAGUGGUGUUGUUCCUCCACGGCUUCCCCGAGCUCUGGUACUCUUGGCGACACCAGAUUCUGGCUCUCAGCUCCCUAGGGUACCGUGCCGUUGCUCCUGAUCUACGUGGCUACGGAGAUACCGAUGCCCCUGCUUCGGUGAGCAGUUACACAUGCUUUCAUAUCGUGGGUGAUAUCGUUGCUCUCAUCGAUUCACUUGGUGUGGAUCAUGUCUUUCUCGUCGCCCAUGAUUGGGGUGCCAUCAUUGGUUGGUACCUCUGUUUGUUUCGCCCCGACAUAAUCAAAGCCUAUGUUUGCCUCAGCGUCCCUUUCUGGCCAAGAAACCCAAAAGUGAAGCCCGUUGACGCCAUGAGAGCCUUAUAUGGAGAUGACUACUAUAUCUGCAGAUUCCAGGAAGCAGGAGAAGCGGAAGCUGAGUUUGCUAAAAAUAGCAGUGAACGAGUAAUAAAGAACGUGCUCAUAAAUCGCACACCAGGGCCACCUAUCUUGCCUAAAGAAGGGAUGGGAUUGGGAUACAUACCCGACCCUGCGAUGCCCUUUCCCUCUUGGCUCUCACAAGAAGAUGUCACAUAUUAUGCUUCUAAAUUUGAUAAGACAGGCUUCACUGGAGGCCUCAACUACUAUAGAAAUCUCAACUUAAAUUGGGAGCUCACGGCACCGUGGACUGGAACACAAGUCAAAGUACCGGUGAAGUUCAUUACUGGUGAUUUGGAUGUAGUUUACACUUCACUAGGGAUGAAGGACUAUAUAGCAAGUGGUGCAUUCAAGAAAGAUGUGCCAAAUUUGGAGGAAGUGGUUGUGCAAGAAGGAGUUGCUCACUUCAACAACCAAGAAGCUGCUGAGGAAGUCAGCAACCACAUUUAUGAUUUCAUCAAAAAGUUCUGAUACUUUAAACUGUUAGUUAAAUGUUGUUGCGCUGCUUACUCCGAGUGUGGUUAAAUAAUUUGGUUAUCGUUCAUCUGUGGUAGUUGGGUGUUCUGAAGUUGCGUUUGCAGGCUUGUUGCUUCAAGUUUUACUUUUGCUUAUGAUUAUGCCAUUAUGGAAACAUUAUCUUUUGAAUGUUGUUAGUUUGCAGAGUAUGCUAUAAUCCUUGAUCUCACG